UUAAAAUGAUAGCUCUUUUUCAAGAAAUCUAUAUAUUUUAAGCUGUUGCAGUUGAUAAUUUGUCACUCAUGACGUAUUCUGCCCCCAUUGAAGAUAAUGAAACCCUCUUUCACCUUUUUAAUAUCUGGCCUUUUUCUGGCUUACGUUGGACAUUCCAUCUGGACAAUUUAUGGGAUCUUUUUUCCUACACCAUGCCCACCAAAAAGUAACUGCAUCAAGCCAUACCUUGCUCAAAAGCCACAGUUAGAGUUAAGGAUUUAUACAUCAUUGAAAGAAACUCUUACCUCGGAGAAGAAUGCCAAGUUGUUAUGGAAGUUGGAUGACUUUGAUCCAAGUGAGAAUAUUGAAAAAACUUUCAAUGUCACUCUCCCUGCGAAGACCAGGAAUAAUGGCACACUAUACGUCCAUGCCCUAGUGUGCCGCAGGGGUCAGUCCCCCUUUGGACCCUGGACAGUGCUGGCGUCCAGCAGGUUGACCACUUAUGCUGUGCCAAAGGCAGAAACUUUUAAUCUAAUGGGCGGUGCAGAAGAGGCACUGCCUAAUACAAGGAUAGUUGGCAAAACUCAGACCCACUGGAGGAAAAAACUAACAGUUAAUGUCAUGAAUGAUGACAUAGCAUUUGAUAGGAUGGGCAUCCCAGGAGAGAUUUACAAAAUACUCAGGGUUUCCCCAAAUGGUGACUAUCUUCCUCUUUUAUACAUUGACCAAUUGGGAUUUAGGAUCAAAGAUAUUUUGGUGGUGAAUGCAAGUUCCAAGGAGAUGCCUCUCACCAUCAACUACUUUCCUAUCUCAGUUGGAAAACUCAGAAUGUGGCUCCACCUGGAGGAAUCAAUGAAUAGUCUGCAUGCUUUAGGAUUUUCAGAGAAGGAUACAGAUGAAGUAAAGGGUAUAUUUGCAGACACUAACUUCUAUUUUUUAGCACUCACCUUUAUUGUGGCAGCAUUCCAUUUACUGUUUGAUUUUCUUGCCUUCAAAAAUGACAUCAGUUACUGGAGAAACAGGGACACAAUGGUAGGGCUGUCGGGGCGUGCAGUCCUGUGGCGAAGUAUAAGCACAUUCAUCAUUUUUCUGUAUUUAAUGGAUGAAGAAACAAGUUUACUGGUUUUAAUUCCUGCAGGCAUUGGUACAAUAAUAGAGAUGUGGAAAGUUACUAAGGCAUUUAAAGUACAGAUUUUAUGGAACGGGUGGAGACCAACUUUCCAGCUUGGAGCCACCUCAGAAAAAGAAAAAGAAACAGCAGCUUUUGAUUCUGAGGCCAUGAAAUAUUUAUCUUAUCUCUUAUACCCAUUGUGUAUUGGUGGGGCAGGGUACUCCCUGAUAUAUGUUCCACACAAAAGUUGGUACUCAUGGUGCAUCCAAAGUUUGGUUAAUGGUGUAUAUGCCUUUGGGUUUUUAUUCAUGCUGCCUCAACUUUUUGUAAACUAUAAGUUAAAAUCUGUAGCCCAUUUACCCUGGCGUGCUUUUAUGUAUAAGGCUUUUAAUACAUUCAUAGAUGACAUAUUUGCCUUCAUCAUUACCAUGCCUACUGCACACAGACUAGCCUGUUUUAGAGAUGACCUGGUCUUCGUUGUUUAUUUAUACCAAAGAUGGCUGUAUCCUGUAGACAAGACCAGGGUGAAUGAAUACGGACAGUCUUUUGAGGAAGAUGAGAAAAAAUCUAAAUAGUUGUAGAAAAAUGAAGAGCAAUAAUUCUUGUGAAUGCAGAUUGCCUUAAAGUUGUGUUCACAGCAAUAUAAUAUAUAGAAGAGUUACAGCUAGUUGAUAAAGACACAUGAUGAACCAUUAACAUUUAUAAAGCAAAUAAAAAUCUCCUUGAAUUCAUCAGUUCUCUCAAUCAUCAAGGUGUACCAUAUCCAAAAGACAUGACAAAAUUAUCAGAAUGGUUUACUCUUCUAUUUUUUUUUGAGUCACUAAGGUCAUGAAAAUUAACACAAACAAAUUUCUUUUGCUGACAGUUUUUGUUAAGUAAAGAUCUUGUGCACUUUGUUGUACACGUAUGCCUUUAAGUAAUUUUUACACAGGAAAAUUUGAUCUUUAAGCUCUGUCAUCAGUCUCUCCUAUUCUGUACUCUCUCUACCCUUAGAUGUCUUUGCAUUCUUAUAUCAAACCCGUUUUACCCCUUUACUAUAUUAAUAACUACUUAAAAAGUUCAAACUUUCCAUGGGAUAAACUGCUGUUGCAUUGUCGGUGAGGGAUACUUUAUCAAUUUGCCUGUUAUCCAGUUAUCCAGAGGGCCAUGUCACAAAAAGUAUGUUUUGGGGCUUUGCUUAGGUUGCUAAAAUGGUAUCGCUAACUACAGAAGUCGAUUGUUUUUUAGUCUAAUCAUCUUUUUUUUAUGACUGGCUGGCAUUUAAUAUGUCAUUAUUGCCACACCUAAGUGGGUCCAUGAGAAUAAUAUGUAUUAUUCAGAAUUUCACGGUUUGGGAUUAUUUCAGGAAAACCAAGUCAUUGACUUAAUUGGUAUCAGUAUUUAUUGUCAUUGCUGUGCUUCUAGGUGAUAUAAUAAACAGAGGUACAGU